GCCGUGACCCCGGGGGCUUGAACUCUGCGGUCAUGUGACCAGGCAGUAAAGUGACCAGUGGUGUUGCUUGGCUGUGGUCAGAGAGGGGCCGGCUGUCGAGGAAAGAGGUUGCUGUGAGAGAGAGAGAGAGAGAGAGAGAGGAAGAGAGUCAUGAGGCAACCAGGCCCGAUGGCUUUCCUUUAGCUGAGUCUGUGCAUGAAUGGGGUCCAGACAGACUGGGAGAAGCAUGAGAUGGACGCAUGGGAAGAUGUUCCAGCUGACCAGCGUACUUGCCUUAUCUGUGGAGACCGCGCCACAGGCCUGCACUAUGGCAUCAUUUCCUGCGAGGGCUGCAAGGGCUUCUUCAAGCGCAGCAUCUGCAACAAGCGCGUGUACCGCUGCAGCCGCGACAAGAACUGCGAGAUGUCGCGCAAGCAGCGCAACCGCUGCCAGUACUGCCGCCUGCUCAAGUGUCUGCAGAUGGGGAUGAACCGCAAAGCAAUCAGGGAGGAUGGCAUGCCAGGAGGGAGGAACAAAAGCAUCGGGCCCGUUCAGAUCACAGAGGAGGAGAUAGAGCGGAUCAUGUCGGGGCAGGAGUUCAAGGAGGACGCCCCGGAGCACACCUGGGGCAACAACGGCGACGGCUACCACAGCUCGCCCAGCAACGGCGCCUCGGAGGGCAACCAGCCAUCACCCGCCUCCACCCUGUCAUCCAAUCGCUCUGUGGAGUGGAACGGCUACACGGCGGCCCUCAGGGACCAGUACAUCAACACCUCCAUGUCCACACACUACCAGCUGCUGCCUCACCUGUUCACCUACCCCGCCCAGUCUGGCCUGCUCGCCCCCCAGCCCCGCAGCAUCUACCCACAGUCCCACCCACUGGUGCUGCAGCUGGUGGCCGCUGAGGACCUGGCCCCCCUGGCGACCCCCAUGCUCAUAGAGGACGGGUACAAAGUGACACAGGUGGAGCUCUUUGCCCUGCUGUGUCGCCUGGCAGACGAGCUGCUCUUCCGCCAGAUCUCCUGGAUCAAGAAGCUGCCGUUCUUCUGCGAGCUCUCCAUCGAGGACUACACCUGCCUGCUCAGCUCCACCUGGCAGGAGCUCAUCCUGCUCUCCUGCCUGACUAUCUACAGCGCGCAGAUCUUCGGAGACCUGGCCAACGUCACCGCCAAGUACACGCCGUCGGACGAUGAGCUGCAGGGUUUCAGCGAGGACGGCAUGGAGGUGAUGGAGAGAUUGAUAUAUCUGUUCCGCAAGUUCCACACGUUGAAGAUCAGUAACGAAGAAUACGCUUGUAUGAAAGCCAUCAACUUUCUCAACCAAGAUAUCCGAGGACUGUCCAACAUCUCUCAGCUCGAGCAGCUGAACAAGCGUUACUGGUACGUGUGUCAGGACUACACCGAGUACAAGUAUCCGCACCAGCCCAAACGCUUCCCUGAGAUCAUGAUGUGUCUCCCAGAGAUCCGCUGCAUUGCAGGGAAGCUGGUGAAUGUACCUCUGGAGCAGCUCCCCCUCUUGUUCAAAGCAGUCUUGCACUCCUGCAAAUCCAGCCUGACCAGCUACAGGACCGGCCCGUCGCCCUGCGUGACCACCUCAUCCGGGAACUAGGACCCCCCUCUCCACCGGACCCGCCCACGUCGAGGGACUGGUCGUCCCUUUUUGUGAAUGUGACAAGCAGCUAGUAUUUUUUUGUAACUUUUUCUUUAUGUAUUUAUUACACGACAGAGCUGAAUGUAUGCUGAUUUACACUGUGCACAUGCUUCUGUACAAAACAAAUGCUCGUAGAUGCAUUGGUCUUUGGAGUUUACAAGUGUGUUUCCAGUUUGCUCGAUGUGUCAGUGUUGCUAUUGUUAGAGCUAGACUUUAAGAGAGUUUAUUUUAUUCAGACGGGGACAAAUAGACACAUGUGACGAGUGUUGUGAGACUACCUCAGGAAGAUGUUGUUGCUAUUUUCAGGUACCUUUUCUUGCUUUCCAAUGAAGAGUUGCCCGGUCGAAAAAACCAAAUCCCUGUGGAUGCUUUGGCACCUCAAUCAGAGACUGAAUGUUCAAAGGAGCUGCAUAAAUCAAAGAUAGAAAAAAACAGUGUCUUGUCACACUGAAAAUGCAAAAUUGAUUAUCAAAAGUGAGCUACUUUAUCUGCACCGACUCUCAGAAAUCCCGCUACUGGGAGGCAGACUUGUCAAUUUAACAUUCCAUGAGUUAAGGUGACAGUUGUUUGAAAAAGGAGCAUACGGGUAUUUUAUACAAUCAUAGACUGGGGAUAUAAGGCUUUAUUGCAGGGGAAGGGGAGGAUAGCUAGGUUUGCUGUUUUUAGUUAUAUUGUGUUUUUUUUUUUUCUUUUUUGACCAAAGUGUUAUGCAAUGCGUUUCUCGAAAACACACCCAUUGAUGGGUAGGGAGCUGAAAAAACAGAUUUCUUAUCAAUGAAGGAUCAGAAUAAGAAAUGAAUCAAUCUGUGUCAGAGGGGGGAACCCUCUGCUGGACAGACGAGUAUGUCGCUGGAUGUUGAUUCUAAAUCCUGCUAAACGUGCACACUUGAUUCUUGAGCACACAUGUAUGCACAGGGCAGACGGGAUCCCACUCUUUGUUUUUUUUUGUUGUUGUGUUUUUUUUCCCCCAUCUGAUUCUCGUCUGAUGGCUUGGUUUUUUUGGGGGGUGGGGGGGGGGGGUGACUUUGCUGCCUUCAGUGCCAGGAACUUGAUGCAUUGUAGCCUUUUCUCAACACAGGAUCAGCUUUGUUUACAGUCCACUGUGCUGGCUCGGGUUCGGUUAAAGGGGUAGUCCGUCAAAACUUGUGUUGUUUGACUUUUUGUAGAACAACCAGAGACACACCAGUUGUUGUUUGAACUGUGAGGAACCAGUAACAGAUAGAUCCAGUCUGAGGUUUAGCCGAGUGGGUUUGGAUUUCGGACAUUCGGUGUUUGCUUACUUUCCUCAGAAAUGAAGGAAACUCCAGAUUAGAAACCAGUCGGUCCAUUUCAAAUCUCUUGUGGCCAGUUCUUCUUAGUUUAAGGUCUUCUCAGGCUCAAUCAAAAUUUUGCACAGACCCAAGACUAGACCCGUUUCAGGUCUGGUCCUCCGGGUUUUUACUGGCUAAGGUUGACUGAAAGGCCGACAGAGGAAUGUGUUCUAUGAAGUGGUCAACAUCAAGUUUUUGGGGAUUAUACCUUUUAACCAGGCUAGGAGUGGAUUCAGUGUGGUUGAUCCGGGCUUAGUUUAGAGAAUUUAGAUGACUUUCCUCCAUCUUGCAUACCCUCUGUGACAGAUAUGCACAUGUUUAAAAAGAAGAGAAAAGAAAGAAAUAAAAA